CAUCCACUAUAUGAAACUCGCGCAUGCGCUAAAAAGACCGCUCUCCUGAUCUGCAUGAAAUCAAAAUACAAAUAAGCCGACUGGGAAGCCUGUGGUGUGGCACGAAAAAUCAGCUUUUCGCAUAUGCGAUACCAAGAUUAGACUUAGUUGCUGCGCUCCCUUCGAGCAAUGACGUGGGCCUUAUUGAGACGUGGCAUAUGUCGUGGCCAUUUGCGACGUGACAUUGCGUUAAGAAAUUACGUGAAAAGUAUAAUACCAGUCCAAAGACAUAAAGCUUGCACCGUUAUCCGUGCAGUUUCUCUGCAGAUGUCCUUUCAGAUCAUUUUUUCGAUGGCAUUUUGCGUCGGCUCAAAUGUUCGAAAAUACAUAGAGCAACAUAAUAUUCUAAGAGAGAAAAGAGUAUUAAACUUUGUCGCGGUUGCUCAUGCUUCUUUCCUUUACUUUAAAACUAUCCAGCUCUUCGCGACAAACGAUAUCCAGUGCUUCAAAGAUCUGUCUUAGUCUGUCCUUCAUGCUGGCCGGGAACGAAACAAGCAGCAAAAAAGGCUUUCAGCUACCGCCGCUUAUAACUUGGUGAUAAACCCAGGAAUACGGAGCACUUAUGGGGGGCGUAAGGUUUGCGAUGAUGCGGAUUUCCUUCAAUCUGGCGCGGCUUUUCUUUUUUCUCUAGACUGCGCGGUUUUUGGCGUUCUUCUGUGCGGUUUUGCGGUUUUACGCCCCCCUCCUUAAAUCUUGAAAUCAGAAUUACUGCCGCAAACAACCAAGAUCUAGUCUACGAUCUGGAAAACCUUGACUACGUGGUGAAUGAGGCGCAUCCAGAGAGUGCGCUUCACUGUGUGAUGAAUGAGGUAAUACACAUCCGCCCGCCAGCUCACACGAUGAACAGACUUGCACCAUCAAUGGCAUAUCCUAUCUAUUCACUGCACCAUGAUCUGGAAAGAUGGUCAGAUCCUAUCUACUCACUGAAAAAUGAUCUGGAAAGAUGGCCAGAUCCUAUCUAUUCACUGAACCAUGAUCCGGAAAGAUGGUCGGAUCCUAUCUGUUGACUUAACAAUUAUCUUGAAAGAUUGUCAGUUUCUAUCUAUUCACUUAACAAGGAUCCGGAAAGAAGACCAGAUUCUAUCUAUUCACUGAACAAUGAUCCGGACGCAUGGACAGAUCCUAUCUAUUCACUAAACAAUGAUAUGGAAAGAUGGCCAGAUCCUAUUUAUUCACUGAACAAUGAUCCGGGAAGAUGGCUAGAUCCUAUCUAUUCACUGAACAAUGAUCCGGAAAGAUGGACAGAUCCUAUCUAUUCACUGAACAAUGAUCUGGAAAGAUGGCCAGAUCCUAUCUAUUCACUGAACAAUGAUCUGGAAAGAUGGUCAGAUCCUAACUAUUCACUGAACAAUGAUCCGGAAAGAAUGGUCGGAUCCUAUCUAUUCGCCGAAAUGAUCCGGACGCAUGACCAGAACCGGACAAAUUCGACGGUUGCAUGGUCCAGCAAAAGAGUUCAGGCCCAUUCCAGGGCAUUCCUUUCGGUGCCAGACCGCGAAGCUGUAUAUCGAGAUGUGUUUAGUUUGUUCUAUUCCAGAUCCUCUCCAAGUAAAAGUUUGUCUGGUCUCCGUACACUCGGGUUCGUUUUGUUCUCGUCUUGUUGUGACACUAGGGACCUCAAAGCAAGGACGACGACGACGGCUAGGGCAAAGCGAUCGAAAAAGAUGUUUUUCGCGCGUUGUGAUUAAUAAUAAUUUAAUUGCAAUGGAAUAAGCAAAACAUUAUAGUCAGAGGCAGAGGACAUUUUUUCUACAGCAGCGAACGUAGUUAGUAGAGUUUACAGUGCAAACGUCCGCAAUUGACCGUGAAACUUGGAGUUUUCACCCCGUGGUUUUACGGGAAACGGCUGAAAUGUAUCAGACAGAACGCAUUUCCACGUGCUGCUAUUGAAUUCUGAAUCGAAUUCCAUUGUUUUCUGGCCGUCGGCGUCCGCGUUGCCGUUGUCGUUGCUAAAGGUCCCUACUUAUACUACAUAACGGAAUUCGCCUGAGGAUUGAGAUUGGUGGCUUACAAUGUGACAUAUGCUUUUUAAUAUUCUACCAUUUUUAUCGCCAUUUUGAACGAAAUGAUAAGGCGUGUCAUAGGUUGCGUGUUAGUGCGGUACCAUAAUUGACAUUGUCACCGUGUUUUGAUGCAUCGUCUGAGGCUGGUUGACAUAUGAUCGCAAUUGAUCGCAUAUGAUCGCAAUCGAUCGCACACAUUCCCUGCUUCACACACACGAUCGACGGCGAUUGUAUAAAAAUCAGUCGCGGGAACGUAUAUUAUCGCAAUCGAUCGCAUAUGGUCGCAAUCGAUCGCACAUAUCCCCUGCAAUCACACACACGAUCGACGGCGAUUAUAAAACUCAGCCAGAAGUCAUGUGCAAUCAUAAAUCACGUGGAAACAACUUUGUGAUCGGUUUCGAUCGUACGAUGCAUAUGCGAUCGAGAGCGAAACCAGCCUUAAAUUUGCUCGCUUAUCUUAAUUGCUGGAAAAACACCAAUACCAGUGAAAAUGCAAUAAAUAACCACAAAAAAGUAUUAUAUCUCAUAAUAAAAACAUGGUUUUGAACUUGAGGGUGUUGUCCUUAGAUCUAAAAAUCCUGAGAGCCUAAAAAGUAGUUUUUUCAUAAAUUUGCGUCGUUAUAUCGAUCUGCGCUUGUUAGUUACGCAUUUACUUUUCGCUAAUACUUUUUGACAGUAAUCGAUAGUUUUCUUGGUGUGCUGAAGAUCGAUUAACAAAGGUACCCGCAUGUAGCGUUGAAGUGACCUCUCUUGUAUCAGACAAAUUAUCCCGCGAUCUUGUAUGUGGAACAACAGCACAAGUCCCGUGCCCACCACCCCUCCGUACUAUCGUCAGGCGAGCGAGCAACACAUGGCCCUCAGGACCACUCUUGGGGUGGUGGCGGUGCUGGCGAUGACAGGGAAUGGACUGCUGGUCACAGUCUUUCUCAAGAACAGAGAACUGUUGAGGACGCCGUACAACAUGUUGAUAUUGAGCUUAGCAGUCACUGACAUGACCACAGGUAUUGGCCUAGUGCUGACGCCAGCAUACAUCGUAGGCACCUACAACUUUCCUAUCCCGACUGGCAUAGCUGGGGAGCUGUUCUGUAGGAUCGUGGCGUCGUACUUUCUUGUGUUCACUCUCGGGAUCGUGUCGGUCUACACGAUCAUGUGUCUUGCCUUAGAAAGGUGGUUUGCAGUGUCUAGGCCAUCACGAUACAAAGCAAGUUUCAGGAGGGAGAGGGUAUUGUGGGUUCUGCUGGCCAUAUGGAUUUUCUCGUGCUUGCUAAACACGCCUCAGACGUUUGAAAUGAAGCUCGGUCCAGAUGGACAGUGCGUUUGGAUAGUUCUCACCGAGGGAACUUUACGGCAGGUUGUGGCUAUAAUCGAGUUCAACGGCAAGUUCUUCAUCCCUCUAUGCGUGACAACAGUCUCAUUCAUAAGCCUGCUUCUAAAAGUACGUCAUUCUCCCGCUCUUUUUCACACCAAUCACGGCAGCGCAGGCAUGCGUUUACUACGCAUGUGCAUAGUCACUGCCGCUGCCCUGGCCAUCUGCUGGUUUCCCAAUCAGUUUUACUACCUUUUGUUCAAGUUCGACUUGACGUACAUGGAUACUCCAUUACACCAUUUCACUGUGGCGAUGUGCAUGGGAAAUUCUUGUGUUAAUCCCUUUAUAUACUGUGCUACAAACCGGGGCUACCGAGAGCGAUUCCUCGCCUUGAUUUGUCCGUGUUAUAAUGGUGUGGUGACACCUAUCGACGGUCUAAGUAACGCCAAGCCUCCGAGUAUGGUCAGCGGCAUGGACGUCCUCAGGACACACGAGGACAAGAGAUACAGCAGUACCACACUUACUAAUGACGGGGUACUAGAGAAUAAUGCUGUUUGAAAAUACAGGGUAUUUCACAUUAAACUAAAAUAAACGUCUGAACUCUGAUCAAUUCUGAAUGGGUUGCCUGUGAUAUGAAUUUUAAAAGAAUUGUAGAAUAUCACCAUGGCCAAUACAUAGCGCUUGUGAUUAAAAACACAUAGCAUCAUUCGAUCAGUUAAAUAUGACGCCAUGAUGCAUCUGGAGAAUAACUCAAGUAAAGGUAUACAUUAAGACAAAAGCUUUGCAUAUGUUGAGGUAGUGUGUCUGGAAUAUGCACCAUACAACGGAUCCCAUUAAUAGGACAGCCUCUUUAUAAUUAGGACAUAUAUGAUAAUAAUAGGAUAAUAAAAGGAUAGUUUUGCUUUCAGCUCCAAGGCCUGAUCCUUGAUAAUGACAUAUUGAAAAAUUUUAUUCGAUUUCUAGAAGCAUUUGUAAGUGACUUUCAACCUUAGGUCCCGAGGUUAUUUAAAAAAGCCCUGUGCAAAACAACCCCCUGGAUUGAAGUGCUCCUGACUCGACCUGAUAUUUUUAAGUUUUCUUUCAUCAAGUGUAACUUGCCUUCAAAAAUCAAUGUUCACUUAGGAAUCUCAUAGUGUGUAUGUCUCAACUUAGUGUCUUGAGCUCAGAAGAAAACACAAAAAGGACCGGCCAUUAUAAACAAUCUCUUUCAAUCUCUUUUAAUUUUGAAAAAGGCAAUAUUGACUGGUGAAGUUCGAAGUGUGUGUACAUAUAGACAGCAUUAAAACGUGCUUCUAUUGGCCCAACUCGGGAUUGUGAAGCUACAAACGAACAGCUGUUUCCAUGAGGCUGGUUCGACUAAAUUCUAGAAGUAAAUUCUAAACCAAUUCGAUACUCGUAACUCUAAGCCUCAUAUUCUAUAAAUAACAAAUUUCAAGUUUUAGAAUGAGAGUAUUUCUACUGAUGGUCUUUUGUUUGCUGGCUAUUGUGUACGGAAAUGAAAGCAAUGAGCCCAAAGCUCAUAGCAUUGACCUAGUGGAGACUGGGGACGGGGAAAUAGAAACAAAAGAUGACGACGACUUUCUCAAUGAGAUUGAGGUUAACGAACGUGAAGGAAUGGACCUUUUCGAAGGCGACAUCAUGAUGGCUCCUGAAGAACUUGAACAACUCAAGAAAGACUUCGAGAAGAACCACCCCGAGGCUUACAACUAGUGUUGCCAUAGUUGCGCAAUACGUCACAUUUUAUGAGUUAUGAAUACAAUCGCAGAAUGCUUCGAAA